ACAUAUACAGUGGGUCUAGUUAAACUAAAUGAUAAUACCAAAAGACACCUGGAUUCCAUGACAAAGUCCAUAGUUGAACUAUUUGCAAAUGAGAACAAUACAAAAAUUGAGUUGCCUUCUUCAUGGGCUUUAAUGGAGCAGUUAUUAUAUGAAGGAACCUGGAAAGUUUUGCCCCUUAGUGAAAUUUGGAAGCUUAAUGCAUCCCUUCCCCAUGAAUACCAAAUUAAAAGUGAUGAGGAAAUGUCUAUGUUCUUAAAAUGUUUCCAUGACAAUGGCCUUCUUUUAUACUAUAAUGAAGAGAAAUUGAGGGAACAUGCAGUACAUGACAUUCAGUGGUUUGCUAAAGCUUUCAGCAAGAUUAUUGCUGACAAAAACCAUAUUAAUGAAGACUGCAAAACGAUAUUGAUAACAGAAUGGAAAUCCUUUAACAAAACAGGGGAACUUAAAGAUAAAGUGAUAGAUGCUCUAUGGAAAGAUGAACCCUCAUAUCUGGAACACAAAAGUGAAAUAAUGUCGUACAUGGAGAAGCUUCAAAUGCUGGUACCUUUGGACACUUUUGAGGCUGUAUCGGAAAGCGACAUGUCAUGGUAUGUCCCAUGUAUGAAUAAAAAGCAGUUUAAGUCCGACUUUUGCGAGGGAAGGUGGGAAUGCUCCUCCAUUUUAUGCUUUCGGUUCACUUCUUUUGCCAUGUUUGUGUUCUACAGACUGGUAGCAUAUUGUAUGAGUUCUCUAAAAUGGAGUGUUUCAAAAGACAAAGACAAUGAAGGAAGUCCUUGUCUUUAUCAAACGGCAGCAGUGUUUGAUCACAAUGAACACACGGUCGUUCUUGGCAUAUGCAAUGACGAUAUACAGUUGCAAGUAUUGAGAAUCACGCCAUUGUCUAUAAACAAACACGUAUCAAAUGAAAUUGGAGAAUCCAUUGAAAAAGCCAUAGAAAAACUGACAGAAACAUUCAUUGGCACAAAAAUAUUCCACAAAGGAUUGAAAUGUCAAAAAAUUAUUUGUGAUGAGAAAGAUUUAUCUUUCACUCUAGCAAGUGAGCUCUCCAAUAUCAAAACCGAAAAAGAAAUACAGUGCAAGUGUCAUAUUCUGGAGAAACAUGUGAUAAAUGUUCAAAGGACUCUGAGAUACUGGGAAAAGGAACACCAAGAAGAGAAUAUAAUUGUUGAAGAAUCCGGUCAAACAACUGAUUUGAUUUUGAAUGCGAUGUCCAGAAAACUUCAUGGGAUUCCAUCCACCUUCAUGCUUGCUCAGAUUUUUGAAGUCCAUAUAAAAGAAACUUCCAAUGUUGAAGAGGAUAGAUUUAGAAUUCUCUAUAAAUGGAAAUGCAAAAAUUCAGCCCUGGAUCACCUAAGAGAGUUGGAGAGAAUUUUGCGUGACGCUGGAGACGGUGAAGCAGCCGAUUAUAUUGGGACUUUUCAAGUGUCAGACUUUGAAUGUAGUGAUAUCUCCAUACCUGCACAGCCUGUUUCAGAGGCUGACUUCGAUAUAUUAAAGGGAAACCUUUCAAAGGAUUACACUCAUUUGGUGCGAUUUUUAGGUCUGCCGCAUGUAUGUAUAGAACAGCUCGAGGAAGACAUGACAUUUGUUAAAGAAAGGAUACAUAAAUCAUUCAUGAUAUUGAAAGAAAGACGUCCAAAUUUAAGCCGUAAGGACAUAUGUAGAGGUUUGAAGUUCAUAGAACGAAGCGAUAUCAUUGAUUUGCUGAAUAAGCAUUGGGAAUUUAAAUAGGACGCAAAAGAUAUGGAAUCGCAUAUAUAUAAAAUUCGGUAUAUUACAUUUUGUAAGGACCCAUUGCAUACCUGUGUAGAGCAUUCAUAGAGAUAAUUACUGAUGAUUAGUUAUAUCAUAUACAUGUAUAUAAACAUAAACUAGGCGGGACACACAGUCCGUAUGCCAGACCAUCGACUCCCCAAGAAACUUAACUUAGGUGAACUACUUGAAGGAAAGCUUGCCCCGUGGUGCCCCCCAAAAAUGAUUCUAGGACAUCCUAAAGGCAAACUUCAAGGCAUUCAGUGUCAACCAUGACUCACUGGAAGUUGCAGCACAAGUCAGGUGUGGGUGGAGAGCCGCAGUUCACAUUG